CUGCACCAUGAGUGUCUCUGCACUCAGCCCCACCAGCUUCCCAGGCAGCAUCUCUGGGCUCCUCCAAGUGGUCUCCCUGCUUGGCCUCCUGCUGCUGCUGUUCAAGGCAGCCCAGUUCUAUCUUCGCAGACAGUGGCUACUAAAAGCUCUCCAGCAGUUCCCGUGUCCACCCUCACACUGGCUCUUUGGGAACAAGGUCUAUCCGGAACAAGAGCUGCAGCAGAUUCUGAAAUGGGUAGAGGAAUUCCCAAGCGCCUUUCCUCGCUGGUUCUGGGGAAGUAAAGCUCACCUGAUGAUCUACGAUCCUGACUACAUGAAAGUGAUCCUAGGGAGAUCAGAUCCAAAGGACAAUUCUUCCUACAGAUUCCUGGCACCCUGGAUCGGCUAUGGUUUGCUCCUGUUGAACGACCAGCCAUGGUUCCAGCACCGUAAGAUGUUGACUCCAGCCUUUCACUAUGACAUCCUUAAGCCUUAUGUGGAAAUCAUGGCCAACUCUGUCCGAGUGAUGCUGGACAAAUGGGAGCAGCUUGCUGGUCAGGACUCCCCUCUGGAGAUCUUUCAACACGUUUCCUUGAUGACACUGGACUCAAUCAUGAAGUGCGCCUUCAGCUACCAGGGCAGUGUCCAGCUGGCCGGGAAUUCUCACUCCUACAUCCAAGCCAUUGGGGAACUGAACGACCUGUUUUUCUUCCGUGUAAGGAACAUCUUUUACCAGAAUGACACCAUCUACAGUUUGUCUUCCCAUGGCCGAAGAUCCAAAUAUGCCAGCCAGCUUGCCCAUGAGCACACAGACCAAGUAAUAAGGCAGAGGAAGGCUCAGCUGAAGGAUGUCAAAGAGCUGGAGAAGGUCAGAAAAAAGAGGCACUUGGAUUUCCUGGACAUCCUCCUGUUUGCCAGAAUGGAGAAUGGAAGUAGCUUAUCUGACAAGGAUCUGCGUGCUGAGGUGGACACCUUCAUGUUUGAGGGCCAUGAUACCACAACCAGCGGCAUCUCCUGGAUCUUCUAUGCUCUUGCCAUGCACCCCAAGCAUCAACAGAUGUGCAGGGAGGAGGUCCAGAGCCUGCUGGGAGAUGGAUCCUCCAUCACUUGGGAACACCUGGACCAGAUGCCCUAUACCACCAUGUGCAUCAAGGAGGCCCUGAGGAUCUAUCCACCAGUUCCAGCUGUUGUCAGAGAGCUCAGAAAACCUGUAACCUUUCCUGAUGGAAACUCUGUACCCAAAGGUAUCUCAAUCACACUCUCCUUUUAUGCCCUUCACCAUAACCCAAAGGUGUGGCCAAACCCUGAGGUGUUUGACCCUUCCCGAUUUUCACCUGAUUCUUCCCGACACAGCCACUCAUUCCUGCCCUUCUCAGGAGGAUCCAGGAACUGCAUUGGAAAACAAUUUGCCAUGAAUGAGCUGAAGGUGGCUGUGGCCCUGACCCUGCUCCGCUUUGAGCUGCUGCCUGACCCCACCAGGGUCCCCUUCCCUAUACCACGACUUGUGUUGAAAUCUAAGAAUGGGAUCCACCUGCGUCUCAGGAAGCUGCACUAGCCACGAAGAGGUUCCAGCUAAAGACCAUCUUGGGCUGGGCAGGAAACCUUCAGAUCUGAUCUAGCACAAGGGCCUCAGGACCUUGCUCUUCACAGACCAGUGAGACAUUAGAAGAGAGCCCAGCCUGGCCAUUUCACCACAUCACCUGUUGACCUCCUCCACAUACAGGACCUCAAUGCUCCUCAGGAGACUUGGAGCAGACAGCUAUCUGCCAAGAGCUGGGAAGGGCCUCUGCUGGUAGGAGAGGAUGCCAGCACCCAAGCAGCUCCUCUGCACAGGACAGCCCCAUAGCAGCCUCCUUGGCUGGCUAUUCUGAAGGAUGAGAGGCAUCACCAGGCCUGCCCACAGUUGGUGACUGCCUGCUUGCUGCUACUUCUAGCCCUGGACCUGCUCCCUGUUCGUGUCCCUUUCUGUACUACCACCAGACCCCCUGAGCUGCUGUUUUUGCUUCUGUUAACCUCCAUUAAAUGAGACUCUACUUCUUUGG